AUGAUUUGGCUUCCGGAUCCUGCCAAGCGUGUUAAUCUCUUUCCAUCGUCUUUGAUCAGGACCCUUUUUUGCUGCACUGUCCUUCUUCAAGCCAAAGGAGAGCAGCCUUUGGCUCAGCUGUGGGCUGGUCGUGCGCCCACAGCCCAGGAGCUGGGGCGACGGACAGCUCAUGAACUGAAGGCACUCUUGCAGAGCAAAGGUCUUCACUGCGACGAGUGCGACAAGGCGCAGCUCGUCCAGCGUGUAUUGGAUACUUGGGACGACGAGGUUUUUGAGGCCUCCUCGCCAGAUGGAAAAAUACGUUUGACAAAGGACGUUUUCAUGAAAGAUUUGAAGAUGACCUACAAGAAGCACAUGAAACGAAGACCCGAAGAUGGUGGACACGAGCUGGCUGACGAGGAGGACGCUGACAGUGCAGACACCAUUGACAGCACCUUUCCCGAUUUCAGCAAGGAGUGGCGGGAAUUUAGCGUGAAGCUUGCAAAAGGAGACGUGCAAACUGAGAGCGACGGCCAGAUUGUGUAUGAGGUUGGUGGGCCGACACCAGCCCCAACUUUUUGGGAUAGGUGGAAGAUGCACUUGCUGAUGGGCAUGAACAUCAGCAUGCUGAUGUGCACCCAGUAUCUCAAAAGGUACAAGACACACGAGACCCAGGAACGAUCUGCUGGGGCGACGCGUGCCGAAGUAGAGGCUGAAGGGGAAGAAUUUGAAGAAUCCAAGAAGUCCGAUAAGCAAGUCAAGAAGAAGAAGGAUAGCAAGAAGAAAAGCUAG